ACUACUUUCUCUCUCUAAACAUAAACAAAAACCUUUCUCUUCUCUCUCUAACUUUAGCAUCGGAGGGUGUCCGGGGUGACCGCCCACUGACCCUUGUUUUGCAGGAGUUUGGAGUACACCCACCCUCUGGAACAGACGCUUUGCUCGUUCUUCAUAAACCGUCUGGAACAUUCCAGGCUCAAACACUUAUGUUCAUCAAUUGUACAGUGGUAAGUAGGAUAGGAGUCUUUUGUUCAUCAAUUGGUAUUAGAGUAGCAAGUAGGAUAGGAGUCUUCUGUUCAUCAAUUGUAUCAGUAGUAAGUAAGAUAGGAGUCUUUUGUUCAUCAAUUGGUAUCAGAGCAACACCCUACUAACUACCUAACUUGCUAAUACUAAUUAACCCAUUAACCUACUAACCCUUAAGCCCAAACCCUACCUCAUCAUAUUCCCUCCUCUUCUAUUGUUAGAAUAUCCAAACUCAUAUUGUACUUUGCUUUAAACACUCACGCCACUAUGGACUCUGGUUACUGCUUAAGAUUCCGAACUUGCUUUCGGGUUAAAAUUCCUCAAGUCCCGAAACCCAAUUCUCCUUCCUCCUUGGUAAACACAAUUUCUCCCAGGUAAUCCAAUGGAUUCUCCUUCUUCCCUCUUCUACCCCACCAAAACCCAAAUAAAAAUGAAUCACCAAUGGAAUGAGGAAAAUGGCCAUGGCAUAUGUAGCUUGAGCCUGAGCAAUGAAUCUGAUAAGGAUUUAUUUUGCUGUUAUUGAUAAAGACUAGAUCUUCCACAUCGUAACUUUCUUUCUCACUUUGUAAACCAGAUUGGCAAAAUUGCCUUUUUUGUUCUUCCUAUUUUGGUGGGAAGUCCUAAGUAUUUCUACUUUCUAGUGACAUAACACCUUUUUCAUAUACACGUUUGCAAGUUCCUCUCUCGACUUGUUUCCACACUAGCACUGUAGUACAAUUCAAAUUUUACGAGGCUUAUUUGCUGACCCAAUUCAACUUCGUAGAUUUCCAAAAUUUUCUUUAGCACCCACCCUUAAUCUCUACCAGAUACAACAAAACAAUAUGUUUUCACCUCCAAAGAGGAGGUGAAAGAUUUUUGGUCCUCCACGAAACCCUUCUGCCCUGGCUUCUGAAAGAUCAAAACUUAUUACUCGUAUAACCAAUUCCGUGGGUAUGCUAAUGAAAACUUCAAUUAUUCACGGAAAAAUCCCAAAGUACACAUGUUCUUAAAAAAAAUUCCCAAAAUACAUAAGUUAUAAAAAAAUUUUCCCAAAAUACACAUGUUUGGCAUUCACCGUUUUUGACAAACGCAGUGAAGAUAAUCACCGUGUUUGACAAAUGCGGUGAAUAAUUCACCGUUUAAAAACAAAACGGUGACAUAUUCACCGUCUUCAUUUAAAACGGUGAAGAACCAGCGAGGCAAUCACCGUUUUAGACGGAAACGGUGAAUCAAUCACUGUUUAAUAAAAAGCGGUGAUAUUUAAACCGCUGUGAUUGGCCACGAUGAAGCGAAGCGGAUCGCUGACGUGGACAAACGCGGUGUAUUCACCGCGUGAAACAAACACGGUGAAUACCCCGUGUUUGUUUGCGUCAGCGAUCCGCGUCGCUGCCGCGUUCACCGUCGCCGUCGGAUGCAGUGAGGUGCGGAUCGUGGUUUUCUUUCCAGAUCCGACGCCUCACGCUAAGCCACGUCACUCGAUCCGCGCCCAUUCACCGUCCUCGAGAAACGCGGUGACUUCACCGUUUCUGACUGACGCGGUGAAUGCUCCCCUGUUUCAUUCGGCAGAUCCCUUCCCCCAACUAUAAAUAGACCCUUCCCCCACCACUUACAACUCACACCACAACCAUUUCACUUCUUUCUCCCUCAAUUUAUCCGCUCUAGUCUCGUUCUAAGUAUGCUAUGUGGUUGCGGAUAAAUCCGAUCUUCCACA